GUCAUAGACCUAUCGAUAUAACAGCUGUCGUCAUUUCUGAAAGAAGAGGAGCAAUUUGCAAAUUUCCAAAGAAAUCAGGAGAAAACCAGCGUCGCCAAGAUGAGCUUCAUGCAACCGAGUCCUGUUAAGUACGCGUGCUCCUGCGGCAUUCUGAACCCGAUCAAUAAGCUCUUCUUUUGCCGCCACUGCCCCAAAUUGCGUUGUGGCUUCUGCGUGACGCACGAGAUCGAGUCUCACUUCUGCUCCAACUGCCUGGAAAACAUUCCAUCCACAGAGGCGCGCCACAAGAAGAACUGCUGUGCGAACUGCUUCGACUGUCCCUGCUGCCAGCACACUCUUUCCGCCAGAGCCUCCACCGUUCCGGUGGUGCGCAAGUCGGAGGAGGCGAAGGAAGCAAAGGAUGGCGACUCCAAGGGCGACGCCACGCCCCCAGUUCCGGCGAGCAGCAAGCCUUCUGCGGUGCCCACCACCAAGAAGAUGUACUAUCUGUCGUGCUUGUCUUGCCGAUGGACAACACGAGAUGUGGGUAUUCCCGAUCAAGGCGUGGCCACGGGCACCUGGCCGGAUAACGAGUGCUUGUAUCAGGCGCGAUUCAAUGCUCUGGUCGAGUACUUCCAGGCGGUGGUGCUGCAGGAAAAGCAGGAGAAACUGGAGUUCAUCCGGCGUAAGGCGCCGAAGCAGCACAAGUUUCCCAGCCUGACGGAUCGCACUGGUCUAACCGUAUCACUUAUUCGCCGCCAGAUCGGCUGGAACGACAAGGCUCCCAAGGCCAAAGCCGUGAUAGCUCCGGCAGAGGCCACGGCGGAGGUGGAGGGCCUACCAGCGAACAUUUUCACGGAACCAUUGAAUUUGCGGAAUGUCACAACCAUCACCCAGCGACAUAGUCAGCCGGCGGACCAGCCCACGGCCGUUGUAAGUCUUUAUCCGCAGCGCAGGUCGUUGUGGAUCAAGCGGUCGCUCCGCUGCCGCCAGUGCGAGCACAACUUAAUCAAGCCGGAGUACCAUCCCACGUCCAUAAAGUACCGCAUCCAGCUCUUUGCCAGCUACCAUGUACCUGAAGUGGUGAUGGUGCGCUGCGAGCAGCCACUGGUGGCGGGAAAAAGCAACGCCAUUUUGCUGAAGCUCACAAAUCCAACUAUGUACGAUAUGACAAUUCGACUGUUGACUACACCUCCUCCUGAGGAUCCGCAGCUGUCCACGGAAGCCACUCGUGUUGUAAAGGAGGAACCCAUUUCUUCCUCCCCACUUCUAAAAGCUGUGGGCAUCACCUUGUCGCGUCAAAACUCAACACGGGAGGUAAAGAGAGAUGUGAUUGACGUAUCUAAUGCCGAGAUUGUCCCGUUGGAGACCGAUUUCGUUCUGAGCCAGCGCGAUGACUCCAAAGAGUUUGACGAGGACGUGCAGCUGCCCACCGAGGAGCCCAAGUUUAUUGUCUGGCGAAAGGGCAACAAGGUGCUUUUGCGGCUACAGUUUACCCCGGCAGAGGAGCUGCCCGGAUCAACGCAAGUCGUUCUGGGCUUCUAUAUGCAGUACACAUACGUCAACACCGUAAACAAUACGCCAGAGAAGAGGGAGCCCACAACCCACGCGCUCCACUCCAGAGUGUUUAUCACGGCUGGGGCAACUGAGCAGGAAGCCAACUGAAUUGGAAACUAUUUAGCCAACAGGCAUACUAAUCGACUUACGAGAAUCAUGCUUUAUGAAAGCUAGAAAUUUAUGUACUUAUUUAUUAAUCCAUUCGUGAAACAGCAGCUAGUAUUAAAGUAUAUUAAACCGCUUGUUCUAACACUA